AGCCACCGCUGCUUGGGUUUGGUGCAGCAUGCACAGCGCCACCGCAAAACUCGCGGUGGGAGAGAGCACAGCAAGCCGAGAAACACACUCACACACACGCACGCACAGACAAGCGAGGGAAAUAUCAUGCGGAAACUGCUCAACAGCAGCCUCACUACUACCCUCCCUGUUAUAACUGCUAGUGCUGUAACUACGACUAGUCUGCUGCUCUUACGGGCUUUGCGUGUAUGGUUUUCGCUCUGAAAAAAUGCUCCAAGGUCGCUUUAUUAUUGUAACCACAGCGAGCCUAUUUGUGAGUCGGUCCGUUUGGUCGUCUUGUUUUUUUUUCUUGUCUCGGUGGCAAUGAGCAGAACCUGGCGGAGGACCGAGCUUUGGAGGCUGACGUGAUUAUACUAAUAUCUACAGUGCAGUACAGUGACACCGAGGGAGCGCGAUAGCGAUAGAAGAGCAGCGGCACCGGAGAAACGGAGAAAGGAGGGAUAAGCCAGGAGAAGCGCCGUCACUGUGAUAGUGGAAUUCGCUUUUUUUCACCUCCCUGCUGCAGUACCGAUAGAGAGAGAGAUAGAGAUAGGUAGGGUAGACGGGAGAUAAAAAGGAUGAAGGUUAAAAAGCAGAGGGAUUCGGAUCAGAGCACAGGAGACGUCCAGCGAGAUGAUAACCAACAGAAGAAAUCUUCGUGUUUUUCCAAUAUUAAGAUAUUCCUGGUGUCAGAAUGUGCUUUGAUGCUGGCGCAGGGCACUGUUGGUGCUUACCUGGUGAGCGUUUUAACAACCUUGGAGCGGAGGUUCAACUUGCAGAGUGCGGACGUUGGAGUGAUAGCCAGCAGCUUUGAGAUCGGCAACCUGGCGCUAAUUUUGUUUGUGAGUUACUUUGGGGCCAAGGGGCACAGGCCGCGGCUGAUCGGGUGCGGGGGCAUCGUGAUGGCCCUGGGCGCUCUGCUCUCUGCACUGCCGGAGUUCCUCACACACCAGUACGAGUACCAGUCAGGGGAGAUCAGACUGGGGGAGGAGGGCCGGGACAUCUGUGCCAUUAACUCCUCGGACAUAGAGGACGGAGGAGCAAACCUAGACUUUUACUGUGGGAGCAGGACUAACACCAACAUGAUGUACCUGCUCUUGAUAGGAGCUCAGGUGCUGCUAGGGAUCGGGGCCACACCUGUGCAGCCGCUGGGCGUGUCUUAUAUUGACGACCACGUGCGAAGGAAAGAUUCCUCGCUGUACAUAGGAAUCGUAUUCUCAACCCUGGUGUUUGGACCAGCUUGUGGCUUCAUCCUGGGCUCUCUCUGUACCAAAUUCUAUGUGGACGCUGUCUUUAUCGACACCACUUUUUCCCUUUCCGCAGGUAAGCUGGACAUCACCCCCGAUGACCCCCGCUGGAUCGGAGCCUGGUGGGGCGGCUUCCUGCUCUGUGGUGCCUUGCUCUUCUUCUCGGCGCUCUUCAUGUUCGGAUUCCCACAGUCCCUGUCAGUGCAGGAGCUGGACAGCGGCGGCGAGAGCGAGCAGACCAUGCUUCCCGAGAGCCUCCCCCGCGACUACGAGAGACCCAAACCCAGCAACGGGGUGGUGCGCAACGCCCAAGAGCCAGAGAAGAACCCCACCUGCUGCCAGCAGAUGAGAGUGAUCCCCAAAGUGACAAAGCACCUGCUGUCGAACCCGGUGUUCACCUGCAUCGUCCUGGCCGCCUGCAUGGAGAUCGCGGUGGUGGCCGGCUUUGCUGCCUUCCUGGGGAAGUACCUGGAGCAGCAGUUCAACCUCACCACAUCUUCUGCCAACCAGCUGCUCGGCAUGACAGCGAUCCCGUGUGCGUGUCUGGGGAUCUUCCUGGGCGGGCUGCUGGUGAAGAAGCUCAGCCUGUCUGCGCUGGGCGCUAUCCGCAUGGCCAUGCUGGUCAACCUGGUGUCCACUGCCUGCUACGUGUCCUUCCUCUUCGUGGGCUGUGACACGGGGCCUGUGGCUGGGGUCACCGUCCCCUACGGAAACAAGUCCGUCCCGCUGUCUCAGCUGAAUCCAUAUUCAUCCUGUAAUGCUGGCUGCAAAUGCCACACUGAUUCUAUUAGCCCAGUGUGUGGAUCUAAUGGCAUCACCUACCUGUCAGCCUGCUUCGCUGGGUGCUCCAAAGCAAACCUGACUGGGUGCUCUUGUAUUUCCGAGGACCAGCCUGACAAUGCAACUGCGGUCCCGGGAAAGUGUCCCAGCCCUGGCUGCCAGGAAGCCUUCCUGACGUUCCUGUGUGUGAUCUGCGCGUGCAGCAUGAUAGGAGCCAUGGCACAGACCCCAUCCGUCAUGAUCCUCAUCAGGGCGGUGCACCCUGAACUCAAGUCCUACGCUCUUGGGGUCCUCUUCCUGCUUCUGCGGCUUCUUGGUUUUAUCCCUCCACCUUUGAUUUUCGGUGCUGGGAUUGAUUCAACCUGCCUGAUCUGGAGCACGGUGUGUGGAGAGGAUGGAGCCUGCAUGCUGUAUGACAACACUGCCUACCGAUACCUGUACGUCAGCAUUGCCAUCGCUCUCAAGACCUUCGCCUUCAUCCUCUACACCACCACGUGGCUGUGCCUGCGCAGAAACUAUAAGAGCUACAUUAAGAACCAUGAGGGCGGCCUGAACCCCAGCGAACUGUUUGCCUCAACGCUCACCCUGGACAACCUGGGGAGGGACGCUAGUCAAAACCCACCCGACAGGACAAAGUUUAUCUAUAACCUGGAGGCUCACGAGUGGUGUGAGAAUAUGGAAUCUGUUUUAUAGUGUUGGCUUUAAAGACAAUAGAGAGAGAAAAAAACAGACAAAUAUAUAAUAUAUAUAUAAAAUAUAUAAAUAUACACCUGUCAUACGAAGGGUCAUCUUUCUUUUUUUUAUUAAACAAAAUAAAAUGUUUUAAAAAUUUUAAAAAUCCAUUUUUGAAAGUCCGAUUCAAGCCCAGAAGACUGUUGUUGGUGCUGCUCUGCUCCAUAUCCAAAGUAUCACAGCAAAGGUCCACUGCAAUCCCCACGAGGAUUGCAUUGGAUACAGAUAGUUCUAAUUCUCACAUCCAAUCAUCAUGGCUGUUCCUGCCUCCUGGAGUUCUGAGCCUGUCGCAGAGGCUUCACAUCUGUUCCAGUUCAUUCUGAAUUAGAACCCGGAAUCCAGUCAUAUCCAAUAAAGGAAUGGUGUUCUUCACAAGCAGCUCUCUUAUAUCUGAACAGUGUCGACUGGAGAGCCUUUCAUUCCUCCUCGCUUUCUUAACUGCACAGGAUUUGAACUUCCCUCCUAGAACAGCAGAUCGAAAUGUCAAGGGACAAUGCUGUAUAUUACAGGCUGGAGGGGGGGAAACUGUACUGUUAUCCUGUGGACAAAAUAAAUGCAUGUUUCUAGAAUGGCCAGUAAGCUCAAUGCUGUUCAAGUUUAGCAAAACUAACUAGAAAAUGUCCCUGUUGUCAGACAUAUAUAUAUAUUCUUUUUUGUCAUUUGUUUUUAUUUUGUUUUAUAUGAGCUUUAGUCCAGGGUUUGUGUGGCUUAAAAUCAUCUAACAAUAAGCUCUUAAUACAGUGAGAGACAACAGCAUGGUGUGGAAUGAAAAGAACAGAACACAAGCAAUGUUUCUUUUUUUUUUUUUUUUAGGAUGUCAUUUUUAAAUACUUUAUUGAUAGUUCACUUAGGGGACACGUUUUAAAACAUACUAUUACUGUCUAUCAAGACUACAGCUUCAACAACUAAAUCCCUUAAAAAUGAUGAAUACAUAAUUUAUAAAUGACACCUGGAAAAAGGAAGUGCUACCAGCUUUGAAAGAUCCACCACCAGCAUCACAGUCUCUAGUCUGACACAUAGUCACCAUACCAUAAUGUAUAGACAGUAACUCUAAGAAGUGCUACAAGAUAAACAUGGGAUGUGGAAAUCGGGGAGAGUUAUAACAAAGGAGAGAAAUAUUCCUUGUAGUCUGUGAGCUAGGGGUGUGGCCGUUGGUCCCUACUGCAACACCUUCCAGCCAUUCAAUGUAGUCAAACAGCACAGGUCCAUUGAUACAGAUAUAGAAUUCUCUCAUGCCUGCAAGCGGUCUGGUUCUUCAGAGCCCCAUCUUUCUGCUUUGUAGUCGGCAGCAGCUAGUACUGCCUUUGCAUGCCCGCAGUAAAGUGAGGAAGCCAUCACAAACAUAUUGAACUUGGGACACUUUCCAGUCUAUAUUGUGCUUACAAUUUCUUUUGGAUUGGCAAUGUGUUUUAUAUUAGAAUGGUCACAGACCCAGUCAUCUGGGGAUUGCAAGCCUGUGCUAUGCUGUGGCAUGCUAGAUACAGGUCCAGUGAGGUUUUGUAUUGAGGGUACCACAGGGUUUUAACAUUCAGAAAGAAACCGCCUAAAAUAUCAUAAGUGGGCAGUUUCUUCGUUCCUUUCUUUUUUUUAAGUUUUUACUUAAAGCUUGCACUGUGAGUUUUCUAUACCCUUCACUCUAGAGGAUUACAACAUUAUUCCAUUAGGUGUCCUCUACUUCAUCAGUCAUACCUCUUGGUAUUACUGCCCAUAUGUACAGUAGGGUAUCAAAUAAGGAGCCCACCUGCCAAAAUAGUAAGUGCUUGUAGUGCUUUUUUAUGAUGUCAAAUACAGUAUAGAUACCCUAUCUACAGUAUACAGUACUUGGUGAUGUUUGCUAUGGGACACAUGUUUUCCAGAAGAGCAGCCCAAACAACAAAAGCAGUCAGUUCAGAUAACUGAGACCAAAUGGGAGCACCAAGACCACAGCUGCAUGAUGCUGACUUUAUGGGAAGAGAAGCUGUUGCCAAAUCUCUUCCAAAACCUGCCAAGAAGAAAAUCACAAACCUGGGUGAGGAAUCCCAUCUCUUUUCAUAAAGCCAUCGUCAUGUAUUCUUUGUGAUGUUGGUCUUUAUGAUAAAGCCAUCGUCAUGUAUUCUUCUUUGUGAUGGUGGUCUUUAUGAUAAAGCCAUCGUCAUGUAUUCUUCUUUGUGAUGUUGGUCUUUAUGAUAAAGCCAUCGUCAUGUAUUCUUCUUUGUGAUGUUGGUCUUUAUGAUAAAGCCAUCGUCAUGUAUUCUUCUUUGUGAUGGUGGUCUUUAUGAUAAAGCCAUCGUCAUGUAUUCUUCUUUGUGAUGGUGGUCUUUAUGAUAAAGCCAUCGUCAUGUAUUCUUUGUGAUGUUGGUCUUUAUGAUAAAGCCAUCGUCAUGUAUUCUUUGUGAUGGUGGUCUUUAUGAUGAAGCCAUCGUCAUGUAUUCUUCUUUGUGAUGGUGGUCUUUAUGAUAAAGCCAUCGUCAUGUAUUCUUUGUGAUGGUGGUCUUUAUGAUAAAGCCAUCGUCAUGUAUUCUUUGUGAUGGUGGUCUUUAUGAUAAAGCCAUCGUCACGUAUUCUUCUUUGUGAUGGUGGUCUUUAUGAUAAAGCCAUCGUCAUGUAUUCUUCUUUGUGAUGGUGGUCUUUAUGAUAAAGCCAUCGUCAUGUAUUCUUCUUUGUGAUGGUGGUCUUUAUGAUAAAGCCAUCAUCAUGUAUUCUUCUUUGUGAUGUUGGUCUUUAUGAUAAAGCCAUCGUCAUGUAUUCUUCUUUGUGAUGGUGGUCUUUAUGAUAAAGCCAUCGUCAUGUAUUCUUUGUGAUGGUGGUCUUUAUGAUAAAGCCAUCGUCACGUAUUCUUCUUUGUGAUGGUGGUCUUUAUGGUCCAGCAACAUUCUUCUGUUUGGACUGCGCCUUGCUAAACUCUGUGUCCAAUCACAACAAAGUAGGGUUAGGAAUAGCAUAAAGUAAUCAUGCAAACUGUAUUGUAUUGUAUUCUUUCAAUUAUGAAUUGAUAUUUCAACAAGAUCUAACAUCUGGUAUACGUACGGCAAGUGGAUCCACAAUGUAUUUAUCUUCCAUACUUAAAUGCCAGAUUGGUUUGUACUGUAAAUUCAACUUUCAGAAACCAUCUUCGUUUGCUUGUCUGAUUUACAAAGGAGAAGCUAAAAGAACAGAUGUCCACUACUUAACUAUUAGUGCCCUUCACACGAACAAGAAUGUUCUCUGUGCUGCCAAAAGAUGCUUAGCAUGCGGGAGAUUUUUUUAGUGUUUUUUUUUUGUAGGAAUCGUGUUAUUUGAAAAAGAAGUUGCACUUUAAUAGGGAAAACAAAUUCCAAAGUAAUUCCCAAGCUAUUCUUCCCUGGGACCUGCACCUUGAGGUCCCCAUGGUUCAUUUGACCAGUAUCCAUUUGCAGAUGCAAUUCUCUAGCAUGUUAAUAGAAAAAUAAAAUAACUUGACUGAGGUUAAUUUAGCGAUCAUGAAAGUUAAAUGUAAAGUGUAUUAGGAAAGCCAGCGGUAAAGAGUGUAUUACACUGGCACUUACAGUAGGCACCUAUUAUCAUAGAUACCAAGGGUAUUUAUUCCUCAGGGGCCAGACUUUAAUUAGUCUGUUGACAGUGUGGGGCAACAGAAACCAAGGUUAUCUGCACAGUCCUGUUCUAUAGAAGCCCCGGCCAACCCUGCGUUCAAGCCGCUCUCUCACACUAAAUUUGAAUUCAAAACGCAUUCUUAUAUCAUUCCUUUUAGAAUCAACAUGGAUUGUUUUGCAAGAAGCCUUUAUUUAGCGUCAUAAGUUUUGAUUCUAAGUGGAUUGUUUUUGUAGUAAGCCAAAGCUGAUUUUAUACUUCAUAACAGGGAAAUUAAUCUUGAAUGAAUGCUUUUUUAGAAAUCUAAGCCUGAUCUCAACUCUGCAGAGCUGCAUGUGCUGUCUCAAGGAAACAAUGAUAAGCAAAUGUCCCUGUCACAGUGAAGUUAUAUCGUUUGAAAAAACAAACUACUAUCGACAAUCAAAUUCCCCUUUAAGUGAUUCUAGUGGCACCUGGAUUUUAUAAAGCAGCAUGGUAGGUUAUCCAGCCAGGAACCAGUAAACGUGUGUUUCAGUUCCCAGCAAUUGCUAGUCACCAGCAAACCAGUAGUUACUGGAUUUUCCUGCAGGAGGAAAAGAAUAAUGCAAUAAAUGACAGUGACCAUGAGCCGUGCCUCCUGUGUUAAUACCAGAGGUCUGAACACGGAACCCCAGGAGAACGCGUCUUAAGGGUCUAAACACGGAACCCCAGGAGAACGCAUCUUAAGGGUUUGAACACGGAACCCCAGGAGAACGCGUCUUAAGGGUCUGAACACGGAACCCCAGGAGAACGCGUCUUAAGGUUCUGAACACGGAACCCCAGGAGAACUCGUCUUAAGGGUCUGAACACGGAACCCCAGGAGAACGCGUCUUAAGGGUCUGAACACGGAACCCCAGGAGAACGCGUCUUAAGGUUGCUCACAAUAGGUGCCCUGUUUGGGCAUGGUCUGCAUGUACUUCUAUGAAACCCAGGAAUGUUUUGUGGGUUAUAAACUUUUUUUUCUUUAGGAACGAACAAGGCCAGGUUCACAGAAACCUAAACCCUGUGCUUUUUUUUUCUCCCCUUAGAAUGGAGGUAUUUAAAAAUGUAGCAUGUUUUCAGGGCAAGGGGCCUAAGCAGCAGGUCCUGUUCUAUGGGCAGCAUUGAGUGCAGAGGGGCUGGUGAUAGGAGGUCCAGUACUUUGACAGUGGCUGAAACAUAUUGUAUAGUACUGCACAUUAUUUAUUGACACAUAUCCACAGAAUGCGACAGAUUUAAGCCAAUUGAGAUGAGAAAAAGGAAGAGUUUCAUUAAAAAAGUAAAAAAGAUUGAGGAAUUUGUUAUUAAUGUGUUUAGUUGCAAACAACGCAUAUGUAAUGGUUCUUGCUUUGCAUUAGCUAACCAUUGUGCAUAGAACACCAUCUUCCAUUUGGAGAUUCCAAGACCUAUACAAUUCUAAGACAUAUGCGUGUGCUACUGAGGACAGAAUUCCAGUACAUUAAAUGUAGUUCUCUGAAAACCAACUGGAUUUAAGCAGCCAGCUAGAGACCAAAUGAUCAUAUACUUACAGUGACCCCUGCCCUUGAAAUAUAAAGGGCUGCUUUUCGAAGGCAUUCGAGUGGCGCCGAUAAGCGCGUUGGAGUCCUGGGUAUUCAUCAGAACCCCUAAUGCUUUAUGAAUAAGGUGCAGAAUGGGUUUGAUUCUAUAAUAGUGCUCAGAUUCUGUACUUCAAGGGUUUGGAAAUUCCUUUGGGUUCUCACAGAUCCUGUCAAACGUAUAGUGCUUCAGACUCACCUACCUAAGUAGAUUAGGCUUCCGAUUCAAGUGGCUUUCAUUUCCCUUUGGCACUGACUGAAUAAUCGAGUGAACUAUUGAUAAGAUGCCAGACUCAAGCUUUAGCCCAUAAACCUGAUAUAAUUGCGUGAGUAGCUGGAGCCUAGCUGUACCUCAAAAUAAGCGUCUCUUAUUUAUCCAGAUACCUGGGAUUGCAGUUAAAGGUUUUGAGAUGUCGCCAGUACUAGGUGUACCGGAAAAAAGCAAUAGCACUCUGUUUUUCUCUGUCUCUCACAGCUUCAUUUGAACAAAGUUAAGUUGAUAGCCAGACUGUGAGAACUGCAGAAACAGCAGAGAGCAGCAUUAGUGGCAAUUAUUGAAAAAAAAUUUAAAAAAAAAGGAAAAAGAAAAAUAUAUACAUUUGUUUUUCACAAUAUACAAUAGAGAUAUUUUAUAUGUUCUGUAUGCUUCUCUCCUUGCAUUCUGUAUUUUUAUUUUCAUUUUAGAAAAAAAAUAUGUGAUGUUGUAUGUUUGCUGUAAAAUAAAUUAAAAACUAUUUUCAU